AUGUGGCGAGCAUGGCCGGUCCUCCUCGUAGGAGCCGCGCAAGGAUCAGAGGACUUUGUCAGUUGCCUAGGUGCGGAGCGCCGAGCCCACGUGGCCACGUUUGCCAGCGAGCUGGACAUGAUCCAGUCGGCUUUGUUCGCUUCCACUUCGAAGGUUUUUGGUGAAGUUGCGGUGUUGGACUAUGGCCGGGGGGCCGAGUGGCCCAAGCUCACUGUGAAGCUACAUGCAUACAAAGAUUAUGUUUUUCGGAUGAUGGCCUCUCAAAUCUGCGACUUUGUGCUCUUCGUGGAUGGUUACGACUCGGUGGUUGCCGGCUCGAGGGAGGAAAUAUUGGACAGGCUAUUGGCACUGGAGGCAAGCACCGGCAAAGCGGUCUUCUUCGGUGCAGAAGCACAGCCAGACAAGUUUUUGGAAGCGUUUCAGGAGCUGGCCAAGGCCAACAACGUCACAACCCCCUGGCGUUUUUUGAACUCCGGGCUCAUGGCAGGACGAGUCUGGGCGCUUCGUACCUUCUUUCAGGAGAUGCUUCAAAACCACGGCCUGGACGACCCCAUCCCUGACCAGGUCUUGUGUGCGAACUUCAGCCUCUUUCAACGCCCGGACUUGGUGGCCCUGGACUACCAAACCGAGCUCUUCCUGAAUGCCUUCGGCAUCGAAGGCAUCUUAGACGGCCCCUGGGCCUGGGACUUGGGCCAACCCCCGCAAUCCGUGGCCUUGGUGGAAUCGAAAGGUCAGACUUGGAUCGAAAAUCGUCUCACCAAGAAGAGACCCUUGAUCUUCCAUUUCCCAGGGCCAGGGAAGUUCUCCAAAAAGGCGCCUUGCCUCAAAAACCCGAGGCUCUUCUGCCUGAGGUCCUUGCCCUUCGAAGUAGUUCGCCUCCUUCUGCCAGAGGCCUACAAGGGUUGGCGUCUGGAGAGCAUGCAAGAUCUCUUUGACGACCUCUCCACACCCUGGCUGCCCCGCUGGAACAACGACGACUACCUUCACUUCCAGCGGACCUGGAGUGUUCUCGAGAAGAUCAAGCUCAGAGAGCGCAUCAUCAGCUAUAUGGGGAUCGUUGACCUUCUCCUUCUCGCCAUCUUUCUCUGGCACCGCUGGCGGCUGAAAGGAUGUCCCAGGCUGCCUCUCCCCCACACCCUUCGACUCCGAGUGAAGCCCGAGACUCUGGAUCUCUGA